CGUUAUCCAACUCUAAAAUGUAAAGUUGAAAAUCGCGCGAAAGAAUUCAGUUAACUUCACUGCUUUACCAACAUCGGGGACUAAAAUUUCGACCAAAUGUCAUGUCGAUUUUUGUCAGGUUAUAUAUCAUAGAAUAAAAGUGAAAAUGGCUUCUGUAACAAAAGUGCCGGAUGAAAAUUUAGAAGAAGAAAUAGAAAAUGAAUUGGAAAAUGAUGACGAAGUAGGUGAUCCUGCCGCUCCUCAGGAAGGCUCAAAGAAGAAGAGGAAAAAGAAAAAAAAGAGAAACACUUCUCAGAACGUUGAAGAGGUAACUUCACAAUUGGAAGAAACCGCAUUAGAUGACCAAACAAAUGUGGAGCAAGAUCAGGAAAGUGGAGACAAGAAAAAGAAGAAAAAAAGAAACCGAAAUAAAGCUAAGAAGGUGCAAACCGACCCUCCAAGCAUACCAGUUUCCGAACUCUUCGCCGAUGGAGUCUUUCCUGAAGGUGAAAUCAUGGACUAUCCUCCCACUAAGGAUGGUAGAACGGCUAAAGAUAGAUUCACCAGCGAGGAGAAGAGAGCUUUAGAUCUGAUGCACAAUGACAUUUACAAUGAGCUUAGACAAGCUGCUGAAGCCCAUCGUCAAACUAGGCAACACAUGCAACGAUGGAUCAAGCCAGGCAUGACUAUGAUAGAAAUUUGUGAGGAAUUAGAAAACACUGCCAGAAAAUUGAUUGGCGAAAAUGGCUUAGAUGCAGGUUUAGCUUUUCCUACUGGCUGUUCUAGGAAUCACUGUGCUGCUCAUUAUACUCCAAAUGCUGGGGAUAACACUGUACUCGAGUACGAUGAUGUGACCAAAAUAGAUUUUGGUACUCAUAUAAAAGGGCGUAUUAUUGACUGUGCAUUUACUUUGACAUUCAAUCCCAAGUAUGAUAAAUUAUUAGAAGCUGUCAAAGAUGCUACUAACACUGGAAUUAAAGCAGCAGGGAUUGAUGUUCAACUUUGUGAUAUAGGAGCUGCUAUCCAAGAGGUAAUGGAAUCUUAUGAAGUUGAACUUGAUGGAAAAACAUAUCAAGUCAAAAGCAUAAGAAAUCUUAAUGGUCAUUCUAUUAGUCCUUAUCGAAUACACUCUGGUAAAACUGUACCAAUAGUGAGAGGCGGUGAGACAACUAGAAUGGAAGAAAAUGAGUUCUAUGCCAUUGAAACUUUUGGCUCAACCGGUAGAGGAGCCGUUCAUGAUGACAUGGACUGUUCUCAUUACAUGAAAAACUUUGAUAUGCCAUAUGUUCCAUUGCGUUUACAAUCAUCUAAAACUCUUUUGAAUAUUAUUAACAAAAACUUUAGCACUCUUGCUUUCUGCAAACGUUGGUUAGAUAGAGCAGGUGCUACAAAAUAUCAAAUGGCAUUGAAGGAUUUGUGUGAUAAGGGAGUUGUGGAGGCCUAUCCACCACUAUGCGAUGUGAAAGGUUCAUACACUGCACAAUAUGAGCAUACCAUAAUGCUGAGACCUACCUGUAAAGAAGUUGUUUCCCGAGGGGACGAUUAUUAA